AUGGCUACGGAGUCAGCGCCCCGCCUCAAUGGAACCAUACCAGGUGACAGCAGCACCAAACCAGUUCGUGAUCCUCACGACGAAGUACAGGGUUUCUGGAAAGCUGUGAAAUCAUUCACGUCCAAAAAUGGGUUCGAGAGCCUCACCAGCCUCAUCGAGCGUGAUAUCUCCCAAAGGGUUGUACUCAAACAAAAGGAUAGUGAGAUACUUGAUCUGAAAAACCAACUGGCUACCUGCGAUGCGUCUCAUAGUGCUUACAACAAUGAGCAAUAUUUGAACUUUGAAAAGAGGUUCCAGGAAUGGGGAAAGCAGAACGCAAAUCUACGAAGAGACGCAAACGACUUGGCGACAGCUUCCGAAGAGAAAGCUAAAAAUAUCGUUACCCUCAAUCAAGAGCUCCAAAAGUGCAAAACACAAUUCGAUGACCUUGACAAGGCGUACGCAGAGAUGACGAAGGAACUCAAAAGUCGAGGUCAACUAAUCGGAGACUUCGAUACCAAGUUGCAGAAUGCACAGUACUCGGAAAAUGGCUUGAAAGAAAAGUUGAAGAAGUCAUACAACUGCACAGCCGCGUUCAAGAAGUCUUUGGAAGAGAGAACAGCUGAGAAUAAGAGACUCAAGGAGGAAAAUUCCGAAUUGGGGAAGACAAUCGAGGAAUACCGAGGAUUCUCCGUUGAGAUUGAGGAACUCGAUCUUACGGCAAAGGACUGGACGAAAUUGAAUGACAACAAAGCGUUCAAAAACGAUAUUCCUCUCCCUCAAAAUAAUGCUCCCAUUUCAAAACAGAUGCGGGUAGCAGUAACUCUUGGCGCUCUUGCGCGCCUUGUCAUCAAAUUCCUCUUCCAGCCUACUUAUCUGGUAGAGGACUACAGUGGUCUGCGAAAGGCACUACGCUACCAAGCAGUUAUCGAUCCGAGGAAAGAGAUGUAUACCAGGGGUAUCCUUCUUUCCAUGCUGCCCGACGAUCAGGAGCAGAUUGACGAAGAGAUAAUUGAUUUUAUCCUAGAAGAUUUGGAGAGGAUUGUAUGCGUAGAUGUUCUCUUUGCCUCACACGACGACUUCGACCGAUUCUCGAAUGCGCUCCAAGGCCUUCUGAUCCAGUUCCAGAAGCAGUGGAAACAAGUACAACGUGGGCGGCAGAAGCUCGAACCAAGCCCUGAUGUACAUGCUUCGAAGACGGGAUACCCUUGGUAUGUAGUCGAUUUUCCGGUUGCAGUGCAAGAUCAAAAGCGCACUUCAUCGCCUCCCACAACCGCCAAUGCGCAGGAUGGCACUGUGAUAGUCCCACAAAUUAUCCGCAUGCGAGAGCAGGCUGAACCGGAACCUGUCACACCCGGCUGGGUACUUCAGCAAGCUCACAUACAUGCGGCAGAUGAGGAGCUCUUAAAAAUCCGCAGAAGCCUUCGUUCUGUGUCAGUUGUGGAAGAAACUUCAAAUCGCCCUCGGAACCGAAAGCGGACUAUGUCUAUCACUGCUGAUGCAAAGAAUGCCGAUUCUUUUUUACGCUAA